CGGUGCACUCAGGGCGGAGGAAAUGGCGGCUGUCAGGUGCAGCAGGCUCCACUGUGGCACAUUACUCAAGUACACCCCGAGUUGACAGGCGCGCCCUGCCACUGCUUUCGGCCACAGCGGCUCAGAGGACACUCAGUCAUGUUUAUAAUCGACAGAAGUUUACAUGAGAGUCGGAUGGUGCAGACAUAAAGGUACAAAAAAGGUGUUUGAGUGCCACUGGAAUAGGUUCCUGAGGAAUGGCCAAAGGAUACAAAGAAAGUCAAGCAGAAACAUUAGUUUUUGCUGGGUCCAAUGGUCACAAUGGGCAGCAGUAUGAGACUGACAUGAACAGUGUGUCACACAAACCAGCAGCGGGCGCUCAGAGGCGCUCCAGGAUGUCUCGUGUGGCGUCCGACCUCCAGUCUAAAUGUGCGGCGUACGUCUUGGCACUGAGACCAUGGAGCUUUAGUGCUUCUCUUACUCCUGUGGCCCUGGGAAGUGCGCUCGCUUACAAACUGGAGGGCUCAGUGGACUUGAUCAUUCUGAUGGUGUGCGCAGUAGCUGUGCUGGUGGUCCAUGGGGCAGGCAACCUUGUCAACACUUAUUAUGACUUCUCCAAAGGGAUUGACCAUAAGAAGAGUGAUGACAGGACUCUGGUGGACGAGAUCUUGGCACCUCAGGACGUGGUGAUGUUUGGGGCUCUGCUGUAUUCAGCAGGAUGCAUGUGUGCCACACUGCUGUACUUUCUAUCCACACUCAGACUGGAGCACCUGGCCCUCAUCUACUUUGGGGGACUCUCCAGUUCUUUUUUAUACACAGGAGGUAUUGGUUUGAAGUACGUGGCGCUUGGAGAUGUUGUCAUCCUCAUCACCUUUGGCCCUCUGGCUGUCAUGUUUGCCCACGCGGUGCAGGUGGGCUAUCUCUCCGUUCUUCCUCUGGUCUACGCUGUCCCUCUGCUCAACACAGAAGCCAUCCUGCACAGCAACAACACCAGAGACAUGGACUCGGACAAACAAGCGGGCAUCGUCACCCUCGCCAUCCUUAUUGGGCCCACGCUCUCUUACGUCCUUUAUAAUCUUCUUCUCUUCGUCCCCUAUGUGCUUUUCUGUAUCCUGGCCACGCGUUACACCAUCAGCAUGGCUCUCCCGCUGCUAACUCUGCCCAUGGCCUUCCCACUAGAGAAGCAGUUCCGCAGCCGAUGCUACACUACGAUCCCACAGAAGACUGCCAAGCUCAACCUCCUCAUGGGACUGUUUUAUGUUUUUGGCAUUAUCCUGGCUCCUCCUGGAAGUCUGCCAUUACUGUAAUCUUAUACGUUUCUUAUAUGGGCUAUUUUUGUGAAAAAAUGGAACUGCACAAUAUUCAGUAGGUACAAUAAAUAUCUUAACUUCCCAACCUGCCACUGUCAACUGCCAGUAGGGAUUAUCUGACAACACAACAAGAGGUGAUUUUGAAAUUUUGUGCAGUUCUACUUAAAUCGGGUUAGUAACUUUAUGUACUUUAUUUGUAGGUUCAUUGAGGGACUCUACUUGCUUUAAAUUAUUUUAUUUAUACUGACCUAAAAUUGGAAGCAUUUGUAGAUUAGUUUAUCUUGUGUCAAUUAAAGGCAUUUUCAGUGUUAAAGCCAAUUACGUAUUGGUGGUAUAUUUUUAGAGCCUGGAGUGGGGAUGUCUGUAAAACUAGACUGAAAACAUUGCCAUUCAUGCGGAUUUGUAUCGUCAAUAAACCCAUUCGCUCUGUAUGGUACAAACUCUCUAUUAGUUUAGUUUUAUCUUUUCUUUUGUCUUUUGUUCAGAGAGAGCCAAAUAGUAUUCCUUUGGAUUUUAAUAAAACAUUGGAGCUAACA